GAUAUAUUCCAAUAACUGGUAAACUACAUACAUGAGCAAGAGCAUUGGCACUGAAACUUUUUAUAUUAUAUGUUUAAAUGGCAUGUUCAAACAUACAAGGAUUAUUAGUGCUGCUAUGUAUAGCUAAAGGUAGUAAAGUAGUCUCUUGUGAUUCAUAAAAUUAGGCAUUUUCAGCACCUACUCUGUUUCUACAAUGCUCUCUCGUUUUAUCUCCAAAUCCUUACAUCUCCGACUGUUCAUCCUACUUUCCCCCAAAACCCAUGUCUUAAACCCUAAACCCAUUUCCCCUAAACCCUCAUUUCCACAUUUCUUACCCAACAACUCCUGUUUCUUCUCCACAGGUAACAACAACGGCAAAGAUUCGGACCAUGAGGGAAUAGAAAGCCAAGUUCUUGAUGAUGGGUCUUGGGCAAAAGAACAAGGGUAUAAACCUUGGAGUUUUGAUGUAGAGGGGGAAGAAGAACGACUGUUUGAUGUUGGAGAAGAGGUUAGGGUAGGAGCUGAAAUGAAGGGGUUUAAAGUUGAGAAAAAGUUUCUUGAAUUGGAAGAGAAAGCUCUUUAUGAGGUUCUUAAAGGUUCUUGUACGGAUGAAUUGACAAUCAAAAAGAGUACAAAGCCCUCGGCAAGUGUGUAUUCAGAAGAAAUUUUGGAAAUAAUUGAGAUAAUCAAGGGUGGUGGGGAGGAUUUGAGGCAACAGUUAAUUUUGGUGGCUUCAAAACUAUCAUUCAAGUGCGUCAUAGGGAUUUUUGACCUUUUGAAUGAACAAAGAAUAUCUGGAUUGAAUUUCUUUAAUUGGCUUCGGGACUCACAUCCUGAAUUUCACUGCAGUGCUUAUGUCAAUAGUCUGAUUAUUUGUAAUUGUGGAUGGUUAGAUGACUAUAAAACAAUGUUCUCUUUGUUGGAGGAGUUUAAGGCUGAACAAACUUGUUUAACUGACAAGGCUUUUGGGUUCUUAACUGUAUUUGGAUCUUGUAAGGAUUCAUUGAUGAAUUCGACUAAGAAAGUGGUUGAUAUGCUAAAUGAGGUUGGAGGAUCCUGCUGUGGUUCUGGUGUUCACGGAUUAAUCGAGAUGUAUUGUUGUUUGGACUUGUUCGAAAUGGCAACAUUUGUAAUAGAGAUCACUGAAAGAACAGCUUCUCGCUACAAUAUUUUGAUCCGUAAAAGGUGUCGGGCUGGCCAAAUUGAAAAAGCACGAGCAAUUAUCAAAGAGAUGUCUGAAUUUGGCUGUUCUCCUAAUACCAAGUCAUAUAACUACCUGCUUGGUUCAUUGUGUAAGAAUGAUAAGCUGGAAUAUGUGCGUAUUGUGCUCGAAGAAAUGAGAAAUAAGGGUCUCAAUCCAGAUGCAAUUACUUUUGAAACUUUAGUAUAUCAUUCAUCUAGUCGUGGUCAGGUUGAGUUUGCCUCUGAAUUUAUGAAUUUGAUGAUAAAUGUGAAUGUGGAACCACGUUCUACUACUCAUGCUGCAUUUCUUAAAGUUUUGCUUGAAGCAGGAGAGCGUGAGAAAGCAUAUAAGUAUGUGAUUGACAUGAGUGCCAAGUAUAACCACUGUGGAAAUACACUAUACAGCUUGCUUGUGAGGCUUAAUCAGAAGAAAGGAGACAUUAUGGCUGCUCAAAACAUUCUCAGUGAAAUGAUUGACAAGGGUCUCAAGCCGGACUUUGGAAUUUUCAUCAAAAUUGUAAAGCAGCUCGGGAAGACUAGAAAGAAAAGUUUAGCUCGAGAUCUUAGGAUGAAAUACUCGGUUUUCUAUUGUAGUACAAAAGCUAACAAUUCUUUAUCCAAUUCGUUUAUCCCAUGCCAAGGUUGAAUGCAUCUCUCUAGCUGGUUUGUCUGCAGAAGAAAGAUUAGGAGUGUGCAUUAUUUGAUUUUAACCGAAAAGCUUUCCAGUUUGUCUUCACGGUGUCACCUUCAACCUUCGUUGCCGCUGCCGUUGACAUUGUCUCGCCUGACGCCUCUCCUCAGCCUCCACCAACAUCACCUAUGUUACAUCUCCCAAGUUCCAGUUUCACAUUGCCUCUUGUUUUCACUACUUGAUUGAGCAAAUCUUGGGGGAUUAUUUACAUACUGCAGCUGUGGUUGCUGGGAGGCAAGGAAGCCAUGGUUAAUUGAAAAAAUAGAGGUUGCACCUCCUUAGAAACUGGAGUUCAUCUUGAAGAUUAUGUUCAACUCCCUGUGGAUCAUACUAUUAUAAACUUCUGGAAAGCAAAGGGAAUAGAGCUUAUAAGCUAAUGGAUCAGACAAACCAACAAAUUACAAAUUGGCCAUGGAAACAAAUAUGGAAAAGCAGAAUACCCUACAAAGUAUCUUGCUUUGUCUGGUUGUUGGCCAAGGAAGCAACUCUUACUCAAGACAAUGUCAUGAAGAGAGGGAUAACCUUAUGCUCUAGAUGCUUUCUCUGUUGGGAGACUUUAGAGAAUGUGAAUCAUCUGUUUCUACACUGCAAGUACACUCAACAAUUAUGGAGAAUUUUUUAGAGUCUCAAAGGCAUCUCAUGGACUAUGGCCUAAGAAAGUUUCUGAGGCUUUAAGGAGCUGGGAGGAAGCAGGAGUACUGGAUUGCCAGAGGCAGAUGGAGACUUAUCCCUUCUUGAAUAUGGUGGGCAAUAUGGAAAGAGAGGAACUCUAGGUAUUUUGAGAGCAUAGAAAACAGUGUGCAGAAAAUGAAGCUCAACUGCAUUUUGCUAUUAUGUUUUUGGUGUAAUCAGUUAUACUCAAAUGAUACUGUCUCUAUAAUUGAUGUUUUGGACUCAAUUUAGCCAUAGAGCAGUAAGAAUUGGGGCUUUUGUAUAUAAGGUUUCAGUACAACCCAUGUAUUGUUUUGUGAUAUAAUACAACCUUACCAAGUUCAAAAAAAAAAUCGUGCCUGAUCUUGUCCCAGGUUUUGCUAGAGUCCUGCUAUUAUGGCUGUGACGUUUGAAAUAUGUGAUGAGAAGGUCCUUUGAAACUUCGUAAUGAGAAAAUCCACUAACUAUACAAUUACAAAGUAAAGAGGGAAGUUGUAAAGAAAUUUAAUAGCUCUUUUGUAGCAGAAAGUGUAAAGUAUUAAUUUCUCUAUCUUACGGUAUGUGAUAUAUUUGGCUGUAGAAAUGACUUCUCGAUUUUGUAUGCUCUCUUGAAGCUGCAGCAUUUUCUUGAUGUUUUUGUAUUUUUUUCAGCAGCUCUCUUUGGGUAAAAUAUCUAAUAAUCGAUUGCAACCAAAAAAAAAAGACUACCAUUCUGUUUAACCUUACUUUUUAAGAGAAAAAGGAAGGUUCAAGUGUAGAUAAGAGGGUGUUUGGAUGGGUUUAAAAUCUGGGUUAACCAGCUUAUUUGAGUGUUUGGAACAGCUAAAAAGUACUUUAAAGCACUUGGUUUUUAAGCUAAAAUAAGCCAUAAGCUGGGCAACCCUACUUAUGCCUUUUUGGCUUAAAAACUGUUUUUGUUUGAUCAACGAUUUUACCUUUUGAUCCCAUAUAUUUUUUUCUAAUUUCAACAAUACCCUCACUACUAAACUUCUGUUCCUUUCCUUUUCUUCUUUCUUCUCCAUAGCCAUUUCGUGCAGUCUCUUCUUUCCUCUUCCUUUUCUCCAUCUCUAUGCACCUCUGCUUUUUUUCUCUGCGUUUCAAUGGCUAACAACAAGUUUCUCUGCAAUUUCAUUGGCAUGGCUUCUGCAAUUUCAGUGGCAUACCUUCUGUGUUUAUUCUCUGCUCCUUUACUUUUUUUAUUUGCUUUUUUCUUUAAAGAUAUGACACUUAGGCAUAACUCAACCCCAAAAACUAGUUUAUGAGGGAAGGAUUGUCCAAGUCCAUAUAAGUAGAUCGUCAGUCCAUUCCCCAACUAAUGUGAGAUUUUUACCCACUCUAAGACUUCCCUUCACGCCGAGGCCAACUAGAGCGUGGACCGGAAAUCCAAAGGGGGAUGAAUCUAACUCUGAUACCAUGUAAAGAUAUGACACCUAGGCCUAAUUCAAUCCCAAGAGCUAGCUCAUGAGGGAAGGAUUUCCCUAGUCCAUAUAAGCAGAUCAUUAGUCCAUUCCCUAAUCAAUGUGGGACUUUAAAUCUUCAAAUAGGCGAGUGGUCUCAUCAUUAAUUGUUGUUAUUUCUCUUCCCCUUGUAUCUGGAUAUGUUGCUAUUUUCAAAUACUUUCUCAAUUUUACCAUGUA